AAUAAGUUUCAAGCAACAGUGUUUUAGAAAAGCCAUGGUAUAGUAUAAAGGACCUGAUCAUAAGUGUGAAAUGUCUGCUCCUGAUUUAUCGGCCAGCCUAACGGCUAUGGACUGGUUACCUCGCCUUUCUGCUGGUGGAGCAAUGAACAACAUCUCACAUUCUACAUAUGUCCUUGAGGCACCUAAGACAAGGAAAGCAAACUCCCAUAUUGUUGAUAUAAACGCUAAAUACGUACCUAGUGAGGAAAGUCUGAACCCCUCUGUCAAGCCACCAUACUCCUACGCAAACCUAAUUACCUUCGCCAUCAACUCGUCAGACAAGCGCAAAAUAACACUCAGUGAAAUAUACUCUUGGAUCUUACACCACUUUCCUUACUACAAGGGUGCUGGAAACGGUUGGAAAAAUUCGAUAAGACACAAUCUGUCCCUGAACAAGUGCUUCAGAAAGGUCCCUCGCAGUAAGGACGACCCGGGAAAGGGGUGUUACUGGAUGUUAGGAGCGAGUGAUGGUACAGAUUCAGACGAGAACACGAAGAGUAUCCUCCCUAACGUUAACAAGAUGUGUAUGAACAAAAUCCAACAGAGAAAAAGAAGGAGUUCUAGUUCUUGCGGUGAAAGGUCGCCGUAUUCGACGGAGGAAGAGUUUGUGAACAAGUAUUACUCUAAAUCUGUGAAGUUCCCUGAACUACGUCAAGCUGACCCCAUAUGCUCCACUGCAAAUGUUACGGUGGAGAAGCUCUCUGUUUCCCAGCAAGGGACCCCACACUCGUCACCACACCCUACUAACGAUACUAAAGCUAGUCUUGAUUUGAUGAGCGAGACCGUUUCUGAUAGUACCAUUGACAGGUUAAUACGAGAAAAUGGGUUACAUUUAACUGGAUCAUUCAAAUCUCUACCCGAUCUGACAGACCCUAACGGUCAGAGUUUUAACACUCUGAUCUACAACAGUGGUAAUAGAAGUAGAGGAGAUAACCUCAACGAGAGUCUCACCACAAACCAACUUCUAGGAGCAUCAGAUCCCACACUUCCACAGAUGUCAGAAUCGUUCAAUAAUCAAAAGGCUAACAAUUUGAACAAUCAGGACUAUAGGGUCCAACAUCUGAUGGAGUCUUUCAGAGCAGAUAGCGGCCUAAACUUAUCAGCAACUCAGCUUACUGAUCUGGCUGCUUCCUUCUCUACUUUCCUCAAUAACAACCCAGUUCAGGGUUUGUCUGUGUCGGACCAGGAUUACGCCAGUAUAAAAAACAGUCUGGUAAACCAAGCUCAAGAAGACGAGGUCGAGGACGAGUUUGAUUGGUCCACGAUACUAUGAGCCAACCAAUAAGAACAGUCAGACCAAAUCAUGUGACCUGAGCCAGCAAAUCAGAUCAGAGCAGUAUUAAAAGUGGAGUUUAUCCUUGCGACUUAGAUGCUCAGCUGAAUAUGGGACGAAUAAAAGAGAAAGUUUGAAGAUAACAAGGACUUAUCAAUGGUUUAGUAUAUAUUAUGGAGAUAUUGGAACAGAAUAUCCAAGUACAAACUUUACUGUAGGAAGAAUAUUUUAGGAAACUGCUCUUCGUAAUGUUGCGAUCAGCUGAUAUUAGAUUUAAUGCGUUGAUUUAUACUAGAUUUAAGAAAAAAUUUCUUGUAAAUUGUGAAUUCAGAACAAUAUAAGUAUAUUUUUACAGUUGUAAAAUCUUGUAAUUACCCUAAAUGUUGUGUGUUACAACCUGCUCAAUAUGUAGUUUGUACGUUGAGUAUAUUACGUUGGGAAGGUUUCCCUUUCUUACCUAAAAUUCCUUAUCUGAGGAAUGCUAUCAAAAUGAAGUAAAAUCUUGACGAAACUUAAUGAAGCUAUGAAGUCAACAGUCUUCAGUCACCCAUGACCCAUCUGCUUUUCAAGGAACUUUUCACUGUACUAGAUAGAUUGUGAUAUGGGUGACACCCAAUUUGACCUAGUUCCCACACAGUUAAUAGGGCGCCCAAUCAGCUUAAUUGGGUACCCGAUCAGCCUAAAUCCCAAAACGGCGCUCAAGAUUUUACAUCAUCAGUCUAGAUAAGGAGAGAUUAUCUAAAAUUAGUGCGCAGAAUUUAGAUUAUUUGAUUUAUCGGUAAUUUUAGACGCAGUGGUUGUGGUACAGAAAAUAUUCUUAUAUAGCUCAUGGCAGAAACCUUACUAAUAAUCGAAUACAGACGGUCCAGUCGAUUUAUAUUGAUCUUUGAGAAUUACAAUUUAACCACUAACCAUUUCAAAAUAUUCUUGAUCCGCUUGUUUUGGUUAUAUUUAGUGUUAUUUAGUUCAGUUUAAGUGUUAAUCUGCUGGCCUGGUGUACAAACAUGAUUACAUAAUUAUAUAAUUACAUAAUUACAUAAUUACAUAAUCACAUAAUUACAUAAUUACAUAAUUGCAUAAUUACAUUACAUCGGGUGUCACGUAACUAAACACGGUUCUUGAGUUAGCUGCCAGAAACAAUUGAGCCAUUUCUAUUUUCUAACAUGACUGUUAUAUCGGAGUUAUAAAGUUAUAAAAUGUACUUUCAAACCUUGCCAUAUUUUCCAAUUAAUUAAAUGUAAUACACCAUGGUUAGUGUAAUGAAGAAGUAGGCCGUGCUUCAAAAACGUCUCAAUUAUGCUUCAUUUUAAUACAUUAAACUCUAAUGCAAUUCAAUGUAAUGCAAUGUAAUGUAAAUAUCUUUGUACACCACCUUUAUUAUUAUAUGAGCUAUUUCGUUUCUUAGUUAACUAACUAAUGGGUGAUGAUUGGAAUGUUGCUAGAGAAGAAUUUCCAAGCUUUAAUACAGUUAAUUGUUUGCCAGAAUUAGUUUCACGACUUACGAUAAGCAUAUUUCUAAAUUUAGCCUUUACUUAUCAUUUCUUGAAAUUAGCCUUUCCGUUGACUGCUAAUCAGAUAUAUUGAUAAGGAAUUCAUUAAGAAACAUUUCUGUGUUCCUUAAGAUGUGAUGGAUUUUUAAAACUGGUUUUAUUAGCAUUCUGAAAAUGUCAGUUCUUUGAAAUUUCAGUGUAUCCUGUGAAAUUGUCGAAUUGUACAGUUUAAUUUUUGUUUUUAAA